AUGGCUGAAAAUAAAGUUGUUGCUCCAGAACUAUUAAAUGCUGAUGAUAAGACCACUUACGAUGCCAUUGUCGUAGGUGCUGGUGUCAUUGGUCCAUGUGUUGCUACCGCUUUGGCUAGAAAGGGUAAGAAGGUCUUGAUUGUUGAAAGAGACUGGUCCUACCCAGACAGAAUUGUCGGUGAAUUGAUGCAACCAGGUGGUAUUAGAGCUUUGAGAAGUUUAGGUAUGGUUCAAUCCAUUAACAACAUCGAAGCUUGGCCAGUUACCGGUUACACCGUUAUUUACAACGGUGAAGAAGUCGAUAUUCCAUAUCCAUACAAGGCUGAUUCCCCAGCUGUUGAAAAAUUAAAGGACAUCGUUAAGGAUGGUAACGACAAAGUCUUGGAAGAUUCUACUAUUCACAUCAAAGAUUUCGAAUAUGAUGAAAGAGAAAGAGGUGCUGCUUUCGUACACGGUAGAUUCUUGGACAACUUGAGAAAGAUCGUUGCUAAAGAAUCAAACAUCACUCGUUUACAAGGUAACGUUGUCGAAAUCAUGAAAGAUGACAAAAACGAAGUUUACGGUGCCAAGGUCGAUAUCGAUGGCCGUGGUAAGGUUGUCUUCAAGGCUCACUUAACUUUCGUCUGUGACGGUAUCUUCUCUCACUUCAGAAAGGAAUUACACCCUGAUCACGUUCCAAAGGUCAACUCUUCCUUCGUUGGUAUGGCUUUAUACAACACUAACAUGCCAGCUCCAAUGCACGGUCAUGUUAUCUUGGGUACCAACCACAUGCCAAUCAUCGUCUACCAAUUAUCUCCAGAAGAAACCAGAAUCCUGUGUGCAUACAACUCUCCAAAGAUCCCAUCUGACAUUAAAUCUUGGAUGGUUAAAGACGUUCAACCAUACAUUCCAAAGAAAUUGCGUCCAUCUUUCGAUGCUGCUUUAGCUGAAGGUAAGUUCAAAUCUAUGCCAAACUCUUACUUGCCAGCCAGAGCUAACGAUAUCUUAGGUUUAUGUGUCAUUGGUGAUGCUUUGAACAUGAGACACCCAUUGACUGGUGGUGGUAUGACCGUUGGUUUGAACGACGUCGUUCUAUUAAUGAAGAAGAUUGGUGACAUUGACUUUGCUGACCGUGAAACUGUCUUGGAUGAAAUCUUAGACUUCAACUACGAAAAGAGAAGUUACGGUGCUGUCAUCAACACUUUAUCCAUCGCAUUAUACUCUUUGUUUGCUGCCGACUCUCCAAACUUGAAGGUCUUACAAAAGGGUUGUUUCAAAUACUUCCAAAGAGGUGGUGACUGUGUCUACACUCCAAUCCGUUUCUUAUCCGGUGUCUUGCCAAAGCCAUUCGUUCUAGCUCGUGUUUUCUUCUCUGUUGCAUUCUAUGCCAUCUGGAUUAACAUUCAAGAAAAGGGUAUUGCUGGUUUCUUAGAAGGUUUCUCCAUUCUAUUAACUGCUAUCAAGGUCUUCACCCCAUACAUGUACAACGAAUUGUUAGCUUAA